CGGCCAUUUUGAAAUAAGUCAAUUUGAAGAUUUUCUCGAUUCAAUUCACAAUAUUUUGGCUCCAUUCAACCAUAACCCAAAAGUUGACAAGAACAGUGGCAGUGGUGACAAAAUAAAAUGGCCUGUCAAAUUAGUAGGCUGAAAGAAUUUUUAGACAGAGUUCUUUGUUUUGGUAAAUGAUAAAUUAAUAGUUUUCAAUCGAUGGAAAGCGAUGAACGAACACAGCAAAUUAUCGAACGAGCCUUGCAUCUAGCAGCCGAAGUAGCUGAAACGGACGACAGUAAUGUCCCUGUUUUACUGUUACAAAUGAAAGACAUCCUCGACUUGGCUCCUCCGAGAAGUAGCUUGGGAGAAGUUCUCAGGAAUCAUCUGUGGAAUUAUGAUGUUAUUCAAGUUUGCAACCUAGCUUUGAAGCAAGACUUUGCUGCAAUAGCAGGAGGGUGGGACACUGCCACCCAGUUGGGAGCCAUUUUAUGUCAGAGCUGUGUGGGUCUCAAACUUCCAGAAAUGCCUGAGUAUGAAGAAAAAUUUCUCCCUGAUGUUGUUGAGAAUAUCUUGUCUUUGGCUGCAAAGUUGCUUGACUUCGUUGUCAAAACAAGAGUGAUGACGGAAAAACAGAAACAUUUUCAAAAUUUUAGGACAACACUGAUUUCCAUGGAGUGGCUUUACAGUUUUCAUGUUUUCCUCACUUUCAAUGUGCUGCAAUCCAAGCGCUUUGUACAGAUUCUGAUGUCUGAAGAUGUUGACACAUCACUCUUUAGUUUGAUGAUUCUUGAAAAUAUUUUUAAAACAAACAGGUUUUUGAUGGGAAAACUUGAACCAAAUGUCCUUUACAGCAUUUUGGAUGAGACUGUUUUCAAGAUAUCAGCCUCUGAAGAAUCUUCAGUUGCAAGGGCAUCAAUUCACCUCAUUUUGACAGCAACAGAUGUUCACCCACCUAUCCUUGAAAUUUUGCUCUCAAAAAGAUACAGGGGUUUGAAGGCGUAUCUCAGUAAGUGGAAGGCGAGAGGGUUUGAUAAUGAUGUGAAGAGACUUGUGUCUUUACUGGAGGCUGGUUCGAUUGCUCAAGCUGAGCAAAUGAGACUCUCUCGCGCUGCCACGGCUAUCCAAGCAUUUUACCGCGGCUCCAGACAGCGUCAGCGCCUCAAACAAGCGGAGUUGGGAAUCAUUCUACUUCAGCGAAAAUUCAGACAACGCCGCUUGGACAAGGAGCGAGUAAAGGAGAAGGGGAAGCGGCGGGAAGAACGCAAAUUGGCUCUGGAACAGAAAAGAAUCAACGAGUUCAGAUCGUCCAUGCAAAAACAGCUGAAGAUGUUGGAAAGCGUACCUGCCAGAGAAGUGAACUUGUUUAUGGAAGAAAAUCAAGUGAAGGCAGCAAGUAAAAUACAAGCGGCGUUUCGCGGCAUGGUGGCGCGAAAGAAAUAUCGUGAACGGAACGAGGAAGUAACUCGAGAGAGAGCAGCUGUUACCAUCCAGCGACAAUUUCGCCGAUAUCAACAGCAUAAAGCAGAUCGUAAAACUCCUUAUCCCGUUGUGCCUGGUUUGACUGACGCAAGACGCGCCGAACUACAGAACAUGAUCGCAGAGCGUCGCCAGAGGUUCCCAGCAAAACACAGAACCCAAGAGGAAUUUAAAGAGCUUCACGAAAAGGCGUUUUCACUUCUUGCCAAUCACGUGUUGUCUAACAUGAAGAUAAGAAAGAGUGAACAGAGAAGGGAAGCGUUGCUGGCCAGGCUGAACGUGGAGGCAGAUCAGCUCUUAGCUUCUCCAAAGCUUCAUGAGGUUACUCCCGACAUUCUUGACUCUUUUACUUCAAGAUCAGCGCCCGUGAUAGCCAGGGCACAGCAGUGUCACAACGAGGAAAUGCGCGGACUCAAGCUUCCUUGGUGGAAAAAGUUAUGGGAUGAGGAGGAAGCGGAAGGGCUUGGGGAGAGGCCGGGAAGUCAAGACGACGAACAAUUUAAUUUUUGACAGUAAAGUUUUCGGCAGAAAAAGAAAACGUACACCAAACUAGGACACUUGCGUCUAAUAUCGGACAUAAGUGUCUUUGAUCGGACUCUAUA